UGAAAGAAUGAAAAUGACAUAAAAACCCUUGGUUUUAGAGGAUUCUUCAGUUGCCUGCGUACUCGAUCCCAUUUUGACCAGAGAAUCCUCCUGCUGAAUUGACAAGAGACAACUUCAUCACACAGAACUUAAAGAGUUUGGUAACAAAGCACUACCACUCCAAAAAUGGCACUAAUUGAGGAGGCAAUUGAACUCACUGAAGAAUUCUUUGGAGAUGCUGAAGAGGAAGCUGAAGGACUGUCAGAAGACGUACAAGAGGAAAUGAAAGCUGAAGUGGCUGAAGCCAGCAGUGAGGUUGCAGAGUUCUCCAAAGUUGCUGAUGCUUUGAAAUCCUUUCUUGAGUUUGCCGCAACAAACAUACCAAAGGUAGCAGCAUUUGUCGGAAAAACUAUUGAAAUGGGUGUUAUCUUGUGGGGAGUAAAUGUGCUUCUGACGAAAUUAUUCCCCCAUCCAAGUUCAGACAAGAGUAAGAAACGUACUGCUAUUAAGGCACUCACCACUGUGAUCAAGACUGAGACUGUCUUGGGACAGAAGACCUUGGAGUGGAUGAAGGAGCACAGAGAUGACCACAUUACCCUGGGUGAGAUUGAUGUGCCACUGGAAUCAGUUAUUGCAAAAUAUAUCACACCAAUAUCUGAGGCUGUUGACGAAACCUUCAAGAUCGCAAAAAACCUGCAGUACAAGUUGGAUGGAAAAGUUCAGUUCAAAAUCCCAACUGGAGAAGACAUGAGAGAAAUCCUUACAACUGGUGAUGCAUUUCUCAAAGGAUUCAAUGACCUGGUUGUCUUCAUCUCUGAAAAUGUGCAGAAGAUUGAACAGCUGGCAACCUUUCCAGUGAAACAGGCAGACAUCGACCUUCUUACAACUCAGCUGAAAGAUGCCAAGGACUUACCUUUGUGGUAAAGAGAUGAGAUACUUGAAUUUGUGCUUCAGAAAGGUUGGUUUUCUCCAUAUGAUUAUAAGUCUAGCAAUGACUGCAGUAGUUGAUCUCUGGUUUCUAAUUGGUAAAAAAAUGUAGUGUCAAUCUUUAAGGUCAGGAAAGUUUUCAAUGUUGCAGACCUGUGUUUAAAGUAGAUAUAUAGUGAUUAACUCUUGCAGUCAUCUUAUUCUCCAACCAUUUUUUCCCUCUUCAUUCAUAAUUUACAUUUCACACACUAAUAUCUAAAUCUGUAAAAUAAAUUACAUGCAGCUACCUACUCUAAACUCUUUUACUAACAGCAUUCAGUGUAAGAAAGUGCUUUUUUCUUUUUUAAAAUCCCCGAAAAUGAUGGAGCUGUAGGAGAUAUUGGUUAAUUACAGUUAAUGAGGUGUUGGGUUAUACUGCUGUCUGGAGUUAUGGAUUUGAGGAGGCAGAGCUAUGUUAUGAUAUAAUAUCACAAUGUGUAUAAACACUGCAGCAUGUGUUAACCGAUACCAUGUUAAUCAGUUUUACAGUAAUGUGUGAAUCGUUGUUUUUGCUUUAUAUUAUCAAAUAAACACUUUAAUCAUUC